GGUUGCUGUUGUGUUGAAAGUGGUGUUUUCAUUAUGUCGAAAGUAAAAAAGAAGCGAAACACUUUUAAAUAUAAUGUAGAUCGGAAGAAACUCCAUUGUCAGGAGAAGAAGAAAAUGGCGCCUAGGAUAAAAUGUGACCAGAUCCGAAAUGCCUGGGAUGAAAAAAAAUCAGUGGCUAUCAAUCUUGCUGAAAUGGGUCUUGCUGCUGAUCCCAAUAAAGCUCUACCAAUAACUAAAAAUAUGGGGCAGGCAUCUAAGGAAAAGAAUAAAUUUGUCAAGAAGCCACAUGUGAUAGAAGAGAUUAAUGCAUUGGCGAGCCUAUCAUCCAGGACCACUAUGGGCGUUUCAAUAGAUAUGAAACAAUUUGUCACCUACAUGGUUGAAAACUAUGGUGAAGACUGCAAGGCAAUGGCCAGAGAUGAGAAGAAUUAUUACCAAAAAACACCAAAACAGAUCUUACGCAAAAUCAAGUUCUUCAGGCAACACUAUCCAAAAGAAUAUGAAGCUCUGCUGUCAUCUCAAAUGCAGCAGUAG